CGGAAAUCGGACGGCAAAAGUACUUCCGGGGUAGCAAAGGUCGGUCCGGCAACAUGGCUGCCCCCUUGGAGCUCAGUUGCUGGGGAGGUGGCUGGGGGCUCCCAUCGGUGCAUUGCGAGUCCUUGGUGGUAAUGGCUUAUGCCAAAUUUUCUGGUGCACCCUUGAAAGUCAAUGUCAUAGAUAACACCUGGAGAGGUUCAAGAGGAGAUGUACCAGUUUUGACAACUGAAGACAGUAUUGUUUCUCAGCCGGCAAAAAUACUAAACUUUUUAAGAAAACAGAAAUACAACGCUGAUUAUGAACUCUCAGCAAAACAAGGGGCUGAUACACUGGCGUACAUCGCUCUCCUUGAAGAGAAGCUUCUUCCUGCACUGCUUCACACAUUCUGGGUUGAGAGUGACAAUUACUUUUCUGUGACAAAACCAUGGUUUGCUUCACGAAUUCCUUUUCCUCUGAGUUUGAUCCUGCCUGGAAGAAUGUCUAAAGGAGCACUGAAUAGGAUUCUCCUGACCAGAGGAGAGCCUCCCCUCUACCACCUCCAAGAAGUGGAAGCACAGAUAUACAGAGAUGCCAAGGAGUGCCUAAAUCUUCUGUCAAAGAGAUUGGGAACAUCUCAGUUUUUCUUUGGUGAUACGCCUUCUACCUUGGAUGCCUAUGUGUUUGGUUUUCUCGCACCUCUUUACAAAGUGCGCUUUCCUAAAGUUCAGUUACAGGAACAUUUGAAACAGCUUUCCAACCUGUGUCGCUUUUGUGAUGACAUCCUAAGCAGUUAUUUUAGGCUUAGCCUUGCAGCAUUUUCCUGCGUGAACAGAAAUCAGCAGCAGAUUGAUUUUGGUGAGGUACACUCCCAUGAUUCCACUACUUGAAAACUGAUUGCAGCAGACUGGAGGUAUAGUAAAUAGAGGGCACCUGUCAAUUAGGAUAUGCUUCUUUGGGGAAUGUGGGACCUUGAGCUUAAGUGAUUGGGAUACUAAAUUUGUAUUGGGAGAAAUGGCUGAAAUUUUCCUUUAAAGAAACAAGUCAUAAGAAGAGCUAGCUUAGGUGGACAGUUGAUUUUUAUGAUGAGUUAUGCAUUUAGGAUAUUGGGAGGAGCUGGUAGUUUGAAAGUCAUUAAAGUGUAUGAUUAGCAAAAAGUUUGGAGAUUGGAACCCACCCAGAGGUGCCUUGGAGAACAGACCUGGUGAUCUGCUUCUGAAAGGUCACAGCCUUGAAAACCCUAUGGAGCAGUUCUACUCUGGACACAUGGAGUCUCCAUGAGUUGGAAUUGAUACAGCGGCAGCUUUAACAACAACUGCCCUGUGGUGUGGAGGUUACCAAACCUGAUAUAUGACAAAUACAGAAUCUGGGGUUCUACUCCAGACUUUCUGAAUUAGAAUCUGUUAGGGAUGGGCCCCAGGAAUCUGUAUUUUUUUCAUAUCCCUCCAAAUAUUUUGGAUGUCUGGUUUGUUAACUGGGACUUACUGUCUUGGAAGCAGUCCAAAUAGUUGUAACAAAGACCUAUUUGAAAUGGGUGGGGGAAAACGUACAGCUUAAAUUUGAGAAGUAAAUGAGGACUGAUGUGCUCUUUUACUAAUGAUUUUGACUAGCUGCAUAACACUUCUGCUAGCGGUGUCUGCUUAGAGGACACAUUUUAGUCCUUUUGUGUAAGGUUUGGUUUUGGAGCAUUGUUACGCCUCUAACUUUGGCUUUGAACACGGAAUGGUUUUUCUCGUUACCUUUUUUUUUUGGAGAAUGGGGCACUUGGGAGGGUGAGUAGCUCAAAAUUCAUUCUAUCUAAACAGCUUUCAAGGCUUUCAAAAUUUCCUGUCUUUCUCUGAUUUCUGUCCUGGCUUCUUAGGCAUCUCUCCAGCUGGACAAGAUACGGUAGAUGCAAAUCUGCAGAAACUCACACAGCUUGUAAAUAAGGAGUCCAACUUGAUUGAAAAGGUCAAAUUUACUUCCGUCUUUAUAGUAGUUUAGUAUUUUCCUUUCUUCGGUUAAUAAUGUAAUUUGGAUCAUGCAUUAACUUUACUCUUUUUAGUUUUUUGUUUUUAGUAGUUAAUUUUUCAGAAAGCUGUUUAAAUAUACAUUUUCUAAAGUUGUAUAUAAUAUAGUGUUGUGAAGCCAGUAAUGGCCUGAUUGCUUUGGGGAAACAGUGGAUAAUGGUAUUGGGUUUACAUUUGCCUCACAAUUAGUACUUUUCAAGUUAGGAGACUAAAAGGCUGGCUUUAAACAAACACACAUGUCUUGCUUGUCUGCCUGGCUCUGGCUCUGAAGAUGAGCAUUUCUUGAGAUUUUAAGCACCUGGUGCUUAUCCUUUCUUGUUAGCAACAUUAUGAUAUCUUUUUUUUCCUUCCAUAUGAUCUGUUUUAUUUUUUUCUCCUUCCCAUCCUUCUCUGUUCUAAAUGUAGCCUACAGUUUUUCACCAGUGUGGGUUUUUUUUGCCACUUUGGGGGUGUUCAUUUGGUGCAAGAGAUACUGAGGAACUGGGCAGGGGAGAGAGCCAGCAACAGAAAUCUUAAAGGUGAUUCUAAUUGGGAAAAUUCAAGAGGGUUACUCAUUUUUUUCCAAAUGUCUGAUAACUUGCUUUUUUCUUGUACAAAUGAAUAAUACUUUAUUUUUUCAUAAACUAAUGGGGCAAUGUGACGUGAUAAUACUGGCUAAUAGUUUUUGAGGUCCAAGUUACAGGCACUGUGUUAAAUGAGCUUUAUAUGAGUUACCUCAUUUAAUCUGCACAACAGCUCCAUGUGUGCAGGCAUUAUUAUCAUCCCCAUUUUACAGAUGAGCAUACUGAAGCUUUGGGAGUAGUUUAUGCCAUGUGUCCAAGUUCAUUCAGCUGUUGAGAGGUAGAGAGGAGAUUUGAACCCUAGAAAUCUGACUCCAGAGACUGACCCAAAGCUUGGGCUCUGGGAUUAUUCUUUCCAAGCAGUCAGCUAACUAAUAAACGAGAUUAUGUAUCCAUUACUAGUAGUCCUAGUCAGGAUUAUAACUGUCAUUCUCUGGAGAGGCUCUGUAUCUUUUUUGUAAUAUUUUAUGGGUUGUUAUAAUCUGAGGUGAUAAAAUUGUAAGAAUCUAUUAUUGAAGUUUUGGUAAGUUGAGUUAAAAGUCUGGUCGUCUGUCUAAUCCUGAGCCCAUCUCAUAGGAGGAAAUAAAAUACUGAGUGUUAAGUGUGGAUGAAGGAAAGAUCACUUGGACCAUUUUAAACACUUCUGUGCUGGAUGAAGGCUAUCCAGUGUAGUUCUGUUUUCUCUAUGUACCAAAUUCAUGACAGAUAUAGAAAGGGAGCCAUGGUAUACCUACAUGUGCUGGAGGUGAAGCCCAAAGGUCCUCUCACCACUUUGUACUCUUCCAUUGUGGGUCAUCAUCAAUACGUGAGAGUUUCCUGACCCUAUUUCAGUCAGGUUCUCCCCCACCACCCCCUCAGUCAUACCUGCUGGGGUGUAAGUGGAGAGUGUGGUACAUUGGUUGCCAUAAAACGUUAGAGCAAUAAAUCUGUUGGCCAACACUGUUCAAAAUUUGGACAGAAAAUCUAGAGCUUAAGAGUUAUGUUUGAGGAACUUAGUUCUUGCAAGAAAAAAAGACAUCUUCACACAAUUGAUUCAGUUGGUUACUAGGAAUACUGUUUUUCCAUUCAUUUUUUGUUCUCUUUCCUUUCCUACAAAUUCUGUGUACCUCUGCUGAAACAUUUCCUCCAUGCUUUAUAAGAGCAUUUUGAGAACCUAAGGGAAAGUUCUGAAUGCUCUGCACAUACUCAAACUGUAAAAAAAGCCUGCAUAUUAAGUGAAUAAUAAGAUGCUUGGCUGCUGCUUCCAAGUCUUUUUUGAAAUUAAGCUGAUAGUGAACUCAACACCAGGACCUGAAUCUUGUACUCUGUUUGUGGGAUACUCUGGUUAGAAGGUAGUUCUCAGUUAAAGAUAGACUCAGUUCUGAAUAAAGCCUAUCCUUGUGUUCCCAGGGUUGCUAAUGUGCUCUUCUUAGGGUAAGUUUGAGGUUCUUGGGCAUUUUCUUAAUAUGGUCCGCAUCAGUUUCUUUCUCCAGGGCCUGCUUUAUGACAACAAACUGAGCCAGGGUUGGGAAGAUCUCUGGAUUAGGUCUAAAGAAUUUAUCCUCCUUUCUGCCUCUUUUCCUAGCUUCCCUUGGUCUCAGUACGCUCAGCUUAAAGAGCUGGCCUUUUUGAAUAGAGUACAAGUCAUUCUCAUUGAGGGAAUGAAGUAUAGUUAAAAGAAUAGCAGUAUUGGAAUAAGAACACCUGGGUUCGAGUCUCAGCUGUUAUACUAGCUUUGUAACCUGGGACAUAUCACUUAACCUUUCUGAGCCUCAUUUUGCUAAUCUGUAAAAUAGGGGGUAAUUGUAUCUUCCCUUUCUUUCUCACAACUGUGUUGGGAGAAUCCAAUGAGGUAUCGUACAUGAAUGUAUUUUGUAAACUGAAGCUUAGUGUAACAGGAGUAUUACUUUUACACUUGAUAUUAGAAGACCUCUUAAAACUAUGUCACACUAUGGUAGAGUUCCGUAGAGUAUUCAUUUUAUGGAAUUACUGAAGGUAUCAAGGAUGAACCACGUUGCUUUUUUCAGAUACUGAGUCAGCCAGUAUUUGAGGUAUGACAUUUUGAAUUCUUAUAAGACUAUUUGCAAGAAAAAAGGUUUCUCUUGUAGUCCUAGAAACAUAUGGUUCUGUACUGUUCUAGGUUAUAGCUUGGACAGGGAGGCCACAGUCCACACGAGUGGUGCCAAGGGAUUAGUCAGCUGUAUCUUUUGUACUUUCUACAGAUGGAUGACAAUCUUCGCCAAAGUCCUCAGCUUCCUCCUCGGAAACUACCAACACUCAAAUUGACUCCAGCAGAGGAAGAAAGUAAUUCCUUACAACGGCUCUCACCCUGACAAUCAUAAUGCUUUG